UGUGACGAAAGGGAGAUGGGAACAAGAAAGCUGUCCGUCCAAGCCAGCCAAAGCCAGGCCAAGCCAAGGCGACAACGUUGAUGCAAAUGCAAGCGCAAGCUGUGUGCGCGGCCGCAAUAAUACCACCACAGCACACCACACGGAACCGAAAUUUCAGGUGCACGCCCUACUCCCCCCUCCCCUCCCCAAUCCAUCCCCAAACCAGCGCUGAAAAUCGCAUCGCGCCGCGCCGCCACCAGACGCCGGGUUUGGCGGGUUGGGUCGCUCCCGUGGCCGCCGUUGCUGUCGCCGCGUGUCCGCCCUGGCGGUGGCGGUUGCAUGUAUGCGGGAGGGGCGAGCCAAUGGCGGGGUCGACGGAGAGAGAGGCGGCGCUGACGCCGCCGCCGGUCCCGUGGGCGCGCCUCGGCGGCAGAGGCCGGCCCGGCCCCACCCGUCCUCAUCCGGCUCGGCCGCGUCGUCUUCGUCGGGUGGAGGAGAGGCGGGGGCAGGGGGAGCCAAGAAGCAGGGGAGGCGCAAGAGCAAGCGGCGGGAGCAGGUCGUGAGGGCGAUCCGGGGCCGGCUGCCUCCCCCGCCCGCCUGCUGGGGCAACGUCUCGGUGGUCCGGGAGAGGAGGGGCCGGAGGGAGAGGCCUGGCGUCGACGCCGUCCGCGGGGUCGAGGAGGGGGAGGGGCGCUCUGGCGCGGGAACCGCCGCGCUGCCGGCGUGGUGCUGCCUCUGCCCCGAAGGGGACUGCUCGCUGGAGCCCAACCCGAGCGCCAACGGCAAGGAGGACCCCGGCCUCCGCGCCCUCAUCGAGCGCAACGACUUCUACUCCGACGACUGCAACCCGCACGCCGCCGCCGCCGCCGAAGACGACGACGACGACGACGGCGCGGCAAGCCCCGCCGCCGAUUUUGAUUAGAUGCCCGUCUGUCGAUCCGCCGUUCGUCACUGCACAUUGCUGUACAAAAAGUUUUACAUCCGGAAAAAGAAGAAGGUAUACACAGGUUUA